AUGGAAUCUCAGUCCCAGUCUCCUUCUACCACUGCCAGAACACCCUCCCUACGCAUCCCGUCUAUGCCCAGCGCGGCUGCCCAUCACCGCCAGAGUUUCCACGAACUACGAGGUCAUCCCCCUUCUCCUCGGUCGCAGAGACAGCCCUCGCUAUCCCAUCUCGCCGUGCAAGAUUUGAUUGACAAUCCACCUAUGAGAAAUCCCGAUCCUCGCUUCGCGGGGAGGAAUUGGACGGAGGUGAAGGUCAAAGAGCUGGUCAAUCCGGAUGAUCUGAGAUUUGUGGACAAUGAAACUCCUGUAGAGUCGGCUACCAAUCUCCUCAUCGAGUCAGGCGCUCCUGUCGUCCUUGUCCGCGAAAAGCCAGGCUCUCCAGUCAUCGGUACAUUUGACCACCGCGACCUCAAUGCCUACCUGUUGCUGGUCGUGGGGCUUUCCCGCCCCGAUGACGAUGAACAUGCCACAGACUUCAUGGAACUGGCCCAGCGGGCAAGAGAAGGCAAACGUAUACACUUGCGCGAGAUCCAGGACUUGAGCAAGAAGGAACCUUUGACUUUCCUUGACGAAAACGCCGAUUUGCUCAAGGCCAUUGAGACGUUCGGACGAGGGGUACACCGAGUCGUGGUGGUGAAUGAGACGACGAAGGAAGCAACGGGUGUGCUCAGCCAGAGCCGUCUGAUCAGAUUCUUAUGGGAGAAUGGCCGGAGUUUUCCUAUGUUGGACCAGCUGUACCUCCAAAAUCUUCGUGAUUUGAGGAUCGGAUCCAGAGAUGUGGUUGCUAUCAAUGGCGACCGACCCCUCUUCGAGGCCCUGACUUUACUGCUCAACGAAGGCGUCUCUUCCCUCCCUGUGGUCGACCAUAACUACAAUGUCAUUGGUAACAUCUCCAAUGUCGACGUCAAGCUACUCACAAAGUCCACCUCUUUGCCCCUCCUCCGCAACACAUGUAUCCAUUUCAUCACCGUCAUUCUCUCCACCCGCGGCAUGUAUGAAGGCAAAGACUCUUUCCCCGUCUUCCACGUAACUCCGCUCUCGACACUCGCGCACACCGUCGCGAAGCUGGUCGCCACAAAGUCGCACAGAAUGUGGAUCACCGAACCAGUCUCUCCCAGCUCCUCCGGCCCGCCCACGCCGGCGCUGCAUAGUGCCACCCUUGUGCCGACGUCAAGCCACUCCUCCAACCUCUCACUAACUAGUGGGGGGAGUCACCAUAUCACACCUCCGACUGCGAUGCCUACUCCCGCAUCCGACCCGUUCUCGACAUCUCCUGGGGCGGUAGUUGACAGUUCGCCAAAACCACCAUUUAUCGCGCCUACAGGUCCCUCGAUCUCCGCAUCUUCCCUUCCAGGAGCGCGGAUCUCAGGUCGCCUUGUCGGCGUAGUCUCCCUUACCGACAUUCUGAUCUUGUUCGCCCGUGCGGGUGGCGUCUCGGACGUGGCGGACCCAAGUGAAAUCAGGAUGCGAAGGAGACGAAGCAGCUCGAGCAGUGUCAGGAGGAGUUUUGAUCUGGGGCAACGGCCAAGUGUUGGUAGCAACGGGGGAAGCGGACUCAGGCCGAGUGGAGAGCUGAGUCGGAAGAGCAGUACGUCGCACCGCUGA